CCAAAAUGAAAAGAGUCAAGAGAUUCCUUGAGAAGAGAGAACCAAAACUCAAUGAAAAUAUUAAAAAUGCAAUGCUGAUUAAAGGGGGAAAUGCAAAUGCAACAGUGACACAAGUACUUAAAGAUGUAUGUGCACUGAAAAAACCAUACGGUGUACUGUAUAAAAAGAAAAAUGUUACAAGACCUUUUGAGGAUCAGACAUCACUGGAAUUACUUUCAAAGAAGUCAGAUUGUUCUUUAUUCAUGUUUGGCUCCUAUAAUAAGAAGCGGCCAAAUAAUCUAGUAAUAGGUCAUAUGUAUGACUACCAUGUGCUGGAUAUGAUUGAAUUAGGUAUUGAGAAUUUUGUCUCUCUAAAAGACAUUAAGAAUAGUAAAUGUCCUGAGGGAACAAAACCCAUGCUAAUAUUUGCUGGUGAUAAUUUCAAUGUAACAGAAGAUUACAGAAGACUAAAAAGUCUUCUUACUGAUUUAUUCAGAGGCCCCACAGUAUCAAAUAUCUGCCUGGCUGGAUUAGAGUAUGUUCUGCACUUCACUGCACUGAAUGGGAAGAUUUACUUUCGAAGAUAUAAGUUGCUGUUGAAGAAAUCUGGUUGCAGAACACCACGGAUUGAAUUGGAAGAGAUAGGACCCUCAUUGAAUCUGGUUCUGAGGAGGACACACCUGGCAUCUGAUGACCUUUAUACAUUAUCUAUGAAAAUGCCAAAAGCUCUCAAGCCAAAGAAGAAGAAAAAUAUCUCCAAUGAUACUUUUGGUACAACUUAUGGAAGGAUUCAUAUGUAGAACCAAGAUAAGCAAACUACAAACCAGGAAAAUGAAGGGGUUGAAGAAGUGACCUGCAGAAAGGAUAACAGAAGACCAGGAGAAAAAGUCAAAAA